GCUUUUUAUUAAUUUAAAAAUGUUUUACCACAUAUCUCUAGAACACGAAAUAUUGCUACACCCCCGAUACUUUGGUCCUCAGUUAUUGGAUACAGUGAAACAGAAGCUUUAUACAGAAGUAGAAGGAACAUGUACCGGCAAAUAUGGGUUUGUAAUAGCUGUGACAACAAUAGAUAGUAUAGGAGCUGGGUUAAUUCAGCCAGGACAAGGCUUUGUAGUGUAUCCUGUGAAGUAUAAAGCAAUUGUAUUUAGACCAUUCAAAGGAGAGGUUCUGGAUGCAAUAGUGACACAAGUUAAUAAGGUUGGAAUGUUUGCACAGAUUGGACCUCUCAGUUGUUUUAUAUCGCAUCAUUCAAUUCCUGCUGAUAUGGAGUUCUGUCCGAAUGUAAAUCCCCCGUGUUAUAAGAGUAAACAGGAAGACAAUGUUAUACAGGAAGAGGAUGUUAUUAGAUUGAAAAUAGUGGGCACACGAGUUGACGCCAGUGGCAUUUUUGCUAUUGGAACAUUGAUGGAUGACUAUCUGGGACUGGUUACACAGUAAUUAAAUAGAAAACUUACCUGUAUAAAUGUAUUUUA